CACAGAUUCGUCACGACAAAGACAUGCUAAACCUUGUAACGUUCGUCAUAGGUGGAAGAAGAGGAGGACCAAUGGGCAGCGUGGAUCGUCACAACCCGUGGAAAGGGCUUUCUGGCUAUCCGCAAAGCAGGACACGUGCAUACAAAUCCAGAGCCAAGAGUACAGGGACUACUCAGGCAGAGAGAAGAUUAUGGAGGUUCACCUGGCUCCAGAUGCUGAUAGUGGACCAGUGGAUAGAGACCGGAGGAACCAUGAAGGCUGCUAUCAAACUGGUGGAGCGGCAGGGAGUGACUGUUGUAGGUCACAUGCCAGACAAUGUCUCAUUGUGUUGAUGCUGUGCCAAUUGAGAACAGCGAGGGAGGGAAGUGGAUCAAGGAGAAAUACAAGCUUUCACUGCAUCCCAGAGGAACUACAGAUUCAAAUUGACACAAUAUUUUGACUCCUUCCUA